UUUUGCAGCAGCAUGUCUGAGUAUGUGGCCUUCCAGCAUGGCAAGUCUCGUUUCAAUCAGAACACAUUUUUUGGUCGGUUCAGGCACUUCCUGGAUGUGAUUGACCCCAGCACACUCUUCGUGACAGAGAAGCGGCUGCAGGAGUCUGUGGAGCUGCUCGACCGCUUCAAACGAGGAACUCUGCCUCCAGGAGUGACAGAUGCUCAGCUAUGGCAAGCUCAAAAAAUAAAGCAGGCCAUCAUCCACCCUGACACGGGGGAGAAGAUCCUCAUGCCCUUUCGAAUGUCAGGUUUUAUCCCGUUUGGCACACCAGUGGUUGUUGGCCUCCUUCUACCAAAUCAAACAUUGGUGUCAACGAUCUUCUGGCAGUGGUUAAACCAGAGUCACAAUGCCUGUGUGAACUACAGCAACCGUAACGCCUCCAAGCCUGCUCCAGCUUCAAAAUUCUUCCAAGGAUACCUCGGAGCAGUGACCAGCGCAGUCUCCAUUGCUGUCGGGUUGAACGUGUUAAUCAAGAAAGCCAGUGGCUUCAGCCCCACUACCAGGCUUUUGGUGCAGAGGUUCAUCCCCUUCCCAGCAGUGGCGAGUGCAAACGUCUGCAACGUGGUGCUCAUGAGACACUCUGAGCUGUCGGAGGGCAUCAGCGUGCUCGACGACAACGGGAACGUGGUGGGAACGUCGAAAGUGGCUGCCAGGCAUGCACUGCAAGAAACAGCUCUGACCAGAGUGGUGUUACCCAUGCCGAUACUGAUGCUCCCUCCCAUCAUCAUGGCUGCGCUGGAAAAGCUUCCUCUCCUGCAGAGACGUCCCAGGCUCGUGCUGCCCGUCCACAGUCUGGUGUGCCUCGCCGCCUUCGGCCUGGCUCUGCCUCUCGCCAUCAGUCUCUUCCCACAGAUGUCCCAGAUCAGUGUGAAUGAGCUCGAGCCGGAGAUCGCCAUGGCAACAGAUUGUAAGAUUGUGACGUACAAUAAAGGCCUGUGAGUGAUCUCUGCAGCCCCGACACACGAAGACGGGACCCGCCGCUCAUCGUGGUUCAAACCACCAUGAAGCUGCCAGAGACUGAAUCAUGGUAAACUUGGCUGUGAACAGUUAGCAUACGUUUACAGAGAAGGGCGGAAUACGUGUUGUUUACGCCAAGAAAAAAUUGCUUGUUAAAUACGCAUGAUGACAUAUUGCAAUAUAGGAAAAAAAUCAUAUUGACACCUCCGAAAGUAUUAUCACUGUUAUAACAUGGACACUUAUCAAGAAGAUAAUACCAAUAACUGAGCCACAUUUCAAAAGAAAAAUGGUGUCAUUAAUUUCUGUUUCACAAUGAACAGGCAAUAAGCUUAAUAUGAACAAACAUGAAGUGGAUUAAGGGGAGACACUAUUGCAUUAAUGCAAUUCUUUUUUGACAUUACAUUACAUGUUUUCUUCUUUGUCUUAAAUAUGCAAAAAAUGCAUCUUCUUAUAAAAUAUGUGCAAAUUUUUAUACAGUUCCAGACCAAAAAUGUGAACAUUGGAUGAAGCCAGGUUCAAAAUUCCUGUUUCACGUUGUUCAUAGAUAAGAGUCAAAGGUUUUUACAGAGGGAAUUUGGGAUAUUUUUAUUUUUGAUAAAUCAGAGAAUUCUCUCAGCUUAAAAAAAAUCCAUUAUCGCAAUUAUUUUAAGAAUUAAAUUCUGUAUGAAUCAGUCUAUGAAUGAAAUAAGAACGAAAACCUUAUAGAUAGGAAUGAAACUGGAAAAGUUUGAGCCAGAAAUCUCCACCUCAGUAGCACUUACAUGCACCAGAAUAUGAAAAAAAAAGAUAUGGGUUAUAUGUAUCGUAAAAGUACAUGAAUUCACUACAUGGGAAUAUGGUAAAACCUUAUAUCUAGUAGAUAUCACUAUUGAACUUCCAGAGUUGAUUACUUUGAUUAAGACAAUUGUUUUUUUGUAUUACAAUCUUUCAGAAAUGUAUUUUUAAAUAUGCAAAUGAGCCAUUAUUUUAUGGUAACUUUUGGUGAAUUUAGGAAAAAUCUGCAGACGCAAAUAGACAAAGUAGUAAAAUAAACACCAACAUGUAUAUUUGGGAUAUUUUCUCUUCACUAGUCUCAAAGACAACAAAAUAGCCCAAACUCUCAAAAUUCAUCAGUGCAUAAAAGCUGAGGUGUCUUCCCUUAAACCGAGCAUGAUUGUAGUUGUGGUCUGAACUGUAAAUAAAUACUGUGAAUGAAAUCAGGAUAAAUGACUGAAAUGUAUUUUUGUAAAGCUUUUUUGUUCCCAACCUUCUCUUGCGAACCCUUUUAAUAUAAAGCAACAUCCAAACCAACAACCUAAUAUCAUAUGCUGCAUGUCUACAUGAGGCCUUGAAGGGUAAAGCUACAAUAUUACACAAGAAAGAAAAAUCUGAAAAAUAAACAUGAUUUUGUUCAUCAAA